GUUGUUGUUGCAAACAUCGAGGAUUCGGAGUUCAGUGUGCAGAUCGAAAGGCCUAAUUUUUAUUUUCAAAAUGAGUUCAAAAACGAGCUGAUAUUACGCAUGUAAUAUUUGAUAUGGAUGGACUCUUGCUAGACACAGAGAGACUCUACACAGUUAUAUAUGAAGAGAUUUUCCAUGAGCAUGGCAUACCAGAGUACACGUGGGAGCUCAAGCAGAAACUGAUGGGUCGUAAAGAGAUCGAAGCGGCGCAAAUGAUCAUCGAUGAGACAGGAAUCAAGGUGACACCUGAGGAAUGGGUCAAGCUGGUCAGUCGCAAAAGUGAAGAGGUUCCAACUGCAAAUUUAAUGCCAGGGGCGGAGAAACUUGUGCGUCAUCUCAUCAAGCAUAAGAUACCCAUCGCCGUGGCAACGGGCUCCCCGAGUACCCUAUUUGCGCACAAGACCAAAAGACAUGGUGACUUCUUCAAGCUGUUUCGUCAUAUAGUGUGCACCGGGGACGAUCCGGAGGUCAAGCGGGGCAAGCCCGCACCAGAUCCGUACCUGAUUGCAGCCAGCGGUUGGGCAGAUGCACCCCAUCCUGAGAAAGUCCUCGUCUUUGAAGAUGCAAUCAACGGCGUAUUAUCUGCACAUGCUGCCGGCAUGAGUGUCAUUCUUGUACCCGAUCCAAGAUUAGAUCAAUCACUAGCCAAGGGUGCCAACUUGAUUCUGCCUUCGUUGGAGGUCUUCGUUCCAGAGGAAUGGGGACUGCCACCGUACAAUGAUAACGCCGCUGUAUGAGUGAUACAAUGUAUUCAUUCCAAAUGAUUUUAUAUUUUAAAGCAGGACUGUUUGUGCUCUUCAACAUAAACGAAUUUCCAUCUUGUAUGUUUUAUUUCAAUUUAAGACAUCUCCAACCCUCGGUAAGGGGCUUUUGUUUGGGCUGCAUUGGAAUACAAACAGUUGCGUUCCAUAAACAGGCUGGUUCCGAGUCCCUACAUUAUCAAUUCUAAAAGGGGCGGGGGCCGGAACCAGUCUGCUUUGUCAGAACUAAAUUAUUGUAAAUAACUCAAAACUGUAAAGAUGACUUAUUCCAUAACUAUUGUGAAUUUGGUAUUCAGAAAGAAAAGGACCUUUAGUUUAACCAGUUCGCGUCGGAUGACGUGUAUACACAGGCACGGCUGAUGGUUUAAACGUCAAGUGCGUUUUUCCAACUUUCACUCGGGAGGUAACACACCGAGUAUACAGUAUUAAUACGUCGGUGAAGGGCAAAACCUAAUUUGAAGAUGUAAUCGCCAAAUCUGUAAUGAUCCAUAGGUGUGUGGUCACCAACAAGACUCGUCUAUUAAAAAAAAUGACACAUAUAAACAAACUGAAAUUGCUUGAUUAAGGCAUGUGCCUUUCAAUGUUUUUUUUUAUACAUCUUGUAACAAUAUUUACAUUUCAGCAAAGGUUGAGGUAUAAUUUGUAAAUUUGUAAUCUUGAAUGGUGUAAAAUUUCUACUGUUUAUUUUUAAUUUGAUGCGGAAAUAAAAGGGUAUUUUUCUGUAAAAUUA